GCUCAUAUCUUAUGGUUAAUCCAAAUAUUAACCUUGUCAAACAUUAACGUUAACCUCUCCAUCUCUUCUCUUCCCACCAACCGAUCCACUUUGAAAAAUCUCUCCCGCAAACUUUGCUCUCUUUUCUUAACUGCUCCACCAUUGCAAUCACUCCCUCUCCUUAAAGACCAACGAAACGUACACCAACAUUAAUACAAUACACAUUUAGCAACAAUAGGAGUAUAUAUAACAGUUCCAUUCUUCAUUUUUUCCCCUCUUCUCUCUAAAAUGGGACUAGAAUUAGAAACCAAGAAAUCCCAGUUAGUGUUUGAGAUUUGUUCUCUGUCAGCCCUAUUGGUUUCCUGUGUUCACAGGCAUCAUAGUAGCAGCUGUGAUCCUGUAGAAUCGCAUUUUAUUGAUUGGUAUCGCAUUCUGGGAGUAGAUGAAAAUGCAGGCUUAGAAGUUAUAAAGAAGAGGUAUCAUAAACUUGCUUUGCAACUUCACCCAGACAAGAACAACCAUCCUAAAGCUGACGUUGCCUUCAAGCUUGUCUUGGAGGCUUAUUCAUAUCUCUCAGAUAAUAUAAAGAGAAGAGACUUCAACUUGGAGAGAAGCAAGAAAUUCUGCAUUGUGUGCAACAGAAUUCCAUAUGCAUUUUCCAACAAUUUGAGCAAAUCACAUGCAUCGAAAGUUGUCGAGGAAUUGAAAUCUGCAAAUCGCACAAGAUUGCUUCGAAAUCGGGUAAAAGAAAUGAAACAAAGAUUCAAAGAGGAAAUCAAGGUGAUGGAGAACUGUUUGAGGGCUAAUAGCUUGUCAAGGAAAGAAACACCUCUUUUCAAACCAUCAGAGAAUUACCAAUUCCAAAGCAACACUCGUUGUGUGUCACAGAAGGCCGAGUCCCCGGUUUUUGAUCCAUCAAACUAUCUUUUCACAGGCUAUCCUCACAUUAGGAAUCCGAUUUACAAGAAACCCGAGAACUUUUCAGACUUGAAGAGGGGAGACAUACUGAACAAGUACGGUGGCCAUGGAGAAGGAAGAUCAUAUAAUGAUUUCCCAGUUUUUGAGAUGAGAUCAGAUGGAGGAAUGCUCAAGGAAUCUGCUGCUUGUGUUUAUUCAUAAUCCUGAAUACUGAAUAGUAUUCAUCCAUACAGUACUGUGGAAUUAGAGUUGCAGAAUCUUACGUUAGCAGAGAAUUCUUUUCGUA